AUGAGUGUUAUCGAUCGUGAAGAGCCCAAUUACUUCGGUGCCGGUCCGGCAUUGUUGCCCACUGAUGUCUUGCAAAAAGCGGCUGUCGACUUGAUUAACUACAAUAGUGAAGGUUUGGGUAUUGGUGAAAUUUCCCACCGUUCCAAGCCUGCUAUCAAGGUCAUCGACGACACCAAGGCUGCAUUCACCCAGUUGUUGAACAUUCCUGACACUCAUGAAGUGUUCUUCAUGCAAGGUGGAGGAACCACCGGUUUUUCAUCUAUCGUGUACAACUUGAUGGCCUGGUACACCAAGAAGACUGGCAAAAAAGGUAAGGCUGCCUAUGCCGUGACCGGUGGCUGGUCCCAGAAGUCUGCCCAAGAGGCACAGAGAUUGGGGUUUGACGUCGACAUUGUGGUCAAUACCAAAGACUCCAAAUACACUAAGAUCCCCCCAUACUCUGAGUGGAAACCUAUCGACAAAGAUAACACCGCGUACUUAUACGUGUGUGACAAUGAAACUGUGCACGGUAACGAGUUCAAGAAUGUUCCGGGCUCAGACUACUUGCCAGAAGGUGUCGAGUUGGUGGCCGACAUGUCGUCGAAUAUCUUGUCUAAAGAGAUUGAUGUCAGCAAGUACGGAUUGAUCAUGGCAGGUGCCCAGAAGAAUGUUGGAUUGGCUGGUUUGACUAUCUACAUCAUCAAGAAGUCCUUGCUUGAGCAGGCCAGUGACGAAGAAUUGAGAAGCGCCGGUAUUCCUUUGGUACCCAUUGCAUUCCACUACCCAACUGUUGUUGCCAACAACUCUGCUUACAACACCAUUCCUAUUUUUACAUGUCACAUCUUGAAGUUGGUUUGCGAGAAGUUGUUGGCUGAGGGAGGUAUCGCCAACAUGCAAAAGAAGAACGAAUACAAGGCCAAGAUCUUGUAUGAUGUGUUGGAGAAGUACCCAUCGUUGUUCGUGUUACCCGUUACCGACGAGGGGAGCCGUUCCAACAUGAACGUUGUAUUCACUUUGAGCAGUCCUGAAUUGGAGGAAAAGUUUAUCAAGGGUGCAGCUGAAAGAAACUUGACUGGAUUGAAGGGUCACCGGUCUGUGGGAGGUAUGAGGGCAUCCAUCUACAAUGCAGUUAGUGUGAAGAGCGUCGAGUUGUUGGUGGAAUACAUCGAGGAGUUCGCUAAGGAGAACUCCAACUAA